CACAGAAGAAGUCGCAUCCUGUCAUGCUUGGCUGAGGCUCUGGAUCCUCGGGGUGCUGCUCGCUGUGGAGAGUAGUCUUGGCUGUCUGUUGUUAGUAUUCUGCGUGAAAAGGUUUCACCACCUUUGUAGAAGAAAGAUUUCAAAUCAUGGCGUUAAACCUUACCAUCAACACGAGCAAUCCGCCUCUAGGAGCGCUGCUGGCAGCAGAGCAUGUGAAGGCCAGUGUGCAGCUAUCAGUGGAGGAAGGCAAAGACACCCGGCUUCAAGUCUCUGAUGCGAUCCAGUUCAAUGACAACAACUCUAUCAGUCGGUACCUGGCCCGAGUGGCUCCGGCUCUUGGCCUCUACGGAGCCAACAUGAUGGAGCAGACCGAGGUAGACCACUGGCUGGAGUUCAGCGCUCGGCAUCUGUGUGGUCAGUCUGGUCUGAGCGCGGCGCUGGGGGAAUUGGAUAAGGCUCUUUCUCUGCGCACCUUCCUGGUUGGACAUGCUGUCACUCUGGCUGACCUGUCUGUGUGGGCUGCCCUCAAAGGUCACGCGGAAUGGCCGAGCCAUGGCAAAACCUGUUCCCACGUCAACCGCUGGUUCUUUUUCCUGAGCUCGCAGGUUCCCUUCACUGCUGUCGGCAACAAGUACGCCAGCAAGAAGGCUCCAAUGACCAAAUCCAACUCAGAUGAGAAGAAGCAAGAUGUCGGCAAGUUUGUGGAUCUGCCAGGAGCUGAGAUGGGCAAGGUGGUGGUUCGAUUCCCUCCUGAGGCCAGCGGAUACCUUCACAUCGGCCACGCCAAGGCUGCUCUGCUCAACCAGCACUACCAGGUCACAUUUAAAGGCAAACUCAUCAUGCGCUUCGACGACACCAACCCUGAGAAGGAAAAGGAAGACUUUGAGAAGGUGAUCCUGGAAGACGUUUCCAUGCUCCAGAUCCACCCUGACCAGUACACCUACACCAGCGACCAUUUUGACACCAUUAUGCGAUUCGCUGAGCAGCUGCUCACUGAGGGAAAGGCCUACAUCGACAACACGCCUCCCGAGCAGAUGAAGCUGGAGAGGGAGCAGCGGGCUGAAUCCAAGAACAGAAAUAACACGGUGGAGCAGAACAUGAAGAUGUGGGCUGAGAUGAAAGCCGGGACAGAGAGCGGUCAGACCUGCUGCAUGAGGGCCAAGAUGGACAUGAACUCCAACAAUGGCUGCAUGAGGGACCCCACCCUGUACCGCUGCAAGAACACCCCUCACCCUCGCACCGGAAGCACCCACAAAGUCUACCCAACGUACGACUUCGCCUGUCCCAUCGUGGACAGUUUGGAGGGUGUGACCCACGCUCUGAGGACCACCGAGUACCAUGAUCGUGACGAGCAGUUUUACUGGUUCAUCGACGCUCUGCGCCUCAGGAAGCCCUACAUCUGGGAGUAUGCCCGCCUCAACCUCAACAACACGGUGCUCUCCAAGAGGAAGCUCACCUGGUUCGUGGACCAGGGAUACGUUGACGGAUGGGAUGACCCCCGCUUCCCCACUGUCAGGGGAGUCCUGAGGAGAGGGAUGACUGUCGAGGGUCUGAAACAGUUCAUUGCAGCACAGGGUGGAUCACGGUCAGUGGUGAACAUGGAGUGGGACAAGAUCUGGGCCUUCAAUAAGAAGGUUAUCGACCCAGUGGCUCCGAGGUUCACAGCUCUGUCCAGCUCCUAUGUGGUUCCUGUCACGGUCUCAGAGGCUAAGGAGGAGAUGAAAGAAGUGGCCAAGCACCCCAAGAACGCAGAGGUGGGCAUGAAGGAGGUUUGGUACGGUCCUCGGGUUCUGAUUGAAGGAGCCGACGCCGAGACCUUCUCAGAGGGAGAGAUGGUCACCUUCAUCAACUGGGGCAACCUCAUCAUCACCAAGAUUAACAAGGGGGCCGAUGGCAAGGUCGUGUCCAUGGAAGCUCGCCUGAACCUGGACAACAAGGACUACAAGAAGACGACAAAGAUCACGUGGCUGGCUGAAACAAACAGCGCCCCCCUGCUGCCUGCCAUCUGCAUAAACUACCAGCCCCUCAUCUCCAAAGCCGUCAUCACCAAAGAGGACGACUUCAAGGACUACAUCAAUAAAAACAGCAAGUUGGAAGAGAAGAUGCUUGGAGAUCCUUGCCUGAAGACGUUGAAGAAGGGUGACGUCCUCCAGCUCCAGAGGCGGGGCUUCUACAUCUGCGACCAGCCCUACGAGCCCGUCAGUCCUAACAGCUGUAAGGAGAGCCCCUGUGUGCUGUUCUACAUUCCUGACGGACACACUAAGGAUAUGCCUACUGCUGGAUCAAAGGACAAGAGCAAGAGCCUGGCCCCCAGCAACAAACCUGCCUCUACCUCCUCCAAGGCUGCCUCUACCCCCACCCCAGCACCUGUCUCUACCUCAGCCGGUGACAUAUUCUCAAGCAUUGUAGCACAAGGUGAAGCUGUACGUCAGCUUAAGGAUGCCAAAGCCCCUAAAGAGGAAGUGGACAAGGCGGUUCAACAACUGCUUUCCCUAAAGGCACAGUUUAAGCAGCAAACAGGAACAGACUACAAGCCAGGCAUGGCUCCUCCCACAUCUGCUGCAGCUCCUCCCACCACAGCAACAAACCCCGCCUCCUCCUGUCCGUUAACCCGCAUCACCCAGCAGGGGGAACUGGUCAGGAAACUAAAGGCAGAGAAGGCACCUAAGGACCAGAUUGAUGCUGCAGUGAAGCAGCUCCUCGCUCUCAAGGCAGAGUUUAAACAGCUGACCGGUCAGGAUUACAAACCUGGGAUGGCCCCUCCCUCACCCGCUCCUUCUCCUACAACCACCCCUUCCUCUUCGUCGGGCGUGUAUGAGCGUGUUUCUCAACAGGGGGAGCUUGUGAGGAAACUGAAGUCUGAAAAAGCCCCCAAGGAUCAGGUGGAUGCAGCAGUGAAACAGCUGCUGGCCUUGAAGGCCGAAUACAAAGAGGCCACAGGCCAGGACUACAAGCCUGGAGCAGCCCCAGUCCAGAAAGCUGCCGCCCCUGCACCAGUCCAAAAAGCCCCUGCACCAGUCCAGAACAGUUCUGCUCCUGCUGCCUCCAGCCUCUAUGAGAAGGUCUCUAAGCAGGGAGAAGUGGUACGGAUACUGAAGGGUGAAAAAGCCUCAAAGGAUCAGGUGGAUGCAGCAGUGAAACAGCUGCUGGCCCUGAAGGCCGAAUACAAAGAGGCCACAGGCCAGGAAUACAAGCCUGGAGCAGCACCUGUUCAAAAAGCUGCCGCCCCUGCACCAGUCCAAAAAGCCCCUGCAUCAGUCCAGAACAGUUCUGCUCCUGCUGCCUCUGGCCUCUAUGAGAAGAUCGCUGAGCAGGGAGAAGUUGUACGGAAACUGAAGGGUGAAAAGGCCUCAAAGGAUCAGGUCGAUGCAGCGGUGAAGCAGCUGUUGGCUCUGAAGGCGGAGUAUAAGCAGCAGACCGGACAGGAUUACAAACCUGGAUCACAAGCCCCUGCUCAGAAAGCCCAGACACCGUCCAGCACUCCCUCCACCCAGGCCGGCUCUCCACCACAGGCCCAGGAUCUGUUCUCCCAGGUGUCCCAACAGGGAGAGCUAGUGAGGAAGUUGAAGUCCGAGAAGGCCCACAAGGACCAGGUGGAUGCAGCUGUGAAGGCUCUGCUUGACCUGAAGAGCCAGUACAAGACGCUUACAGGGCAGGAGUACAAACCAGUGGCUGCUGCCGGAGCCACGGGAGGAGAGGACAAGAACCGCAAGGAGAGGGAGAACAAGUCUGAGAAACAGGGAGGAGGAGGAGGAGGGAAGAAGGGUAAAGGAGACAAAGGUGCCCAAGGAAAGGAGGCAGCAGGAGGAGCAGGAGGAGGAGAGGGUCAAGGACCCAAGAAACAAACACGGUUGGGCUUGGAGGCUAAGAAAGAGGAGAACCUGGCUGACUGGUACUCUCAGGUCAUCACUAAGGCAGAGAUGAUUGAGUACUACGAUGUCAGCGGCUGCUAUGUGCUGCGGCCCUGGUCCUAUUCCAUCUGGCAGUCCAUCCAAACCUUCUUUGACGUGGAGAUAAAGAAAUUGGGUGUGGAGAACUGCUACUUCCCCAUGUUCGUCUCUCAGGCUGCUCUGGAGAAAGAAAAAAGUCACAUUGAAGACUUCGCUCCAGAGGUUGCAUGGGUAACGCGGUCUGGAAAUACUGAGCUGGCAGAGCCCAUUGCAGUCAGACCUACCAGUGAGACAGUGAUGUAUCCUGCCUACGCCAAAUGGGUCCAGUCCCACAGAGACCUGCCCAUCAAACUCAACCAGUGGUGUAACGUUGUGAGGUGGGAGUUCAAACACCCCCAGCCUUUCCUGAGGACAAGAGAGUUCCUGUGGCAGGAGGGACAUACAGCUUUCGCCACCAAAGAGGAGGCAGCUGUGGAGGUGCUCCAAAUCCUGGAUCUGUACGCCAGGGUGUAUGAAGAGCUGAUGGCCAUUCCUGUGGUGAAGGGGAGGAAGACGGAGAAGGAGAAGUUUGCAGGAGGAGACUACACCACCACUGUGGAGGCAUUCAUCUCUGCCAGCGGCCGCGCCAUUCAGGGUGCUACAUCUCACCAUCUUGGUCAGAACUUCGCCAAGAUGUUUGAGAUCAUGUUUGAGGAUCCCAAGAGGCCGGGUGAGAAGCAGUUUGUUUACCAGAACUCCUGGGGAAUCACUACCAGGACCAUCGGGGUCCUCACCAUGGUGCACGGAGACAACAUGGGACUCGUACUGCCCCCCAAAGUGGCCUGCCUCCAGGUUGUCAUCAUCCCAUGUGGGCUCACUGCCUCGCUGCCGGAGCAGGACAAGGAAGCUGUGCUGGCCCAGUGCUCGAAAUACCUGAGCAAGCUGCUGGAUGCCGGCGUCAGGGUGAAGAGCGACCUCCGAGACAACUACUCCCCAGGCUGGAAGUUCAACCACUGGGAGCUCAAGGGCGUUCCUAUCCGUCUGGAGGUGGGUCCUAAAGACAUGCAGCAGCGUCAGUGUGUUGCGGUGAGGAGAGACUCUGGCGCCAAGGUGACCAUUCCAGAGGCCGAGGUGGAGAAGAAGUUGGUGGCCUUGUUGGAGGAAAUCCAGAGCAGCAUGUUCAAGAAAGCGUUGGAUGACCUGAACAGCAACAUGGUGGCUGCUGACACAAUGGAAGAGUUCCAGAAAAUGUUGGAGCAGGGCAAGAUUGUCCAGAUCCCGUUCUGUGGGGAAAUCGAUUGCGAGGAUUCCAUCAAGAAAACCACUGCCAAGGAUCAGGACCUGGAGCCUGGAGCCCCGUCUAUGGGGGCCAAGAGCCUCUGCAUCCCCUUCUCCCCCCUGAAGACCCUGCAGCCAGGGCAGAAGUGUGUCUGCGAGAAGGAGCCCGCCAAAUACUACACCCUCUUCGGACGCAGCUACUAAACACCCGCUCUGCAGAACAAGGACGAACAUCGCAGUGAAAAGGGCUUUCCUUCCAUUUUCUCAUGUAUUUCUUUUUCCUCUCAUCUCUUGUCCAUGUAUAGGUUAACAGGGGUACACGUUUAUUGGACUGUGGUAUUUAAAAUGGGAAUUCGUGUUUUGUUUGUUUUUUAAUACAUGUUGGCAAUGUUAUUAUGUAGCUGGAGGAAGGCGGAGGUGAGACGAACAGUUUACUCGUAUUCUGUUAUAAAAGAUGAGGGUAUGCGCUGUUUACUCUUAGAAUUCCGUUACUGGGAAAACUUUUGACAUGCUGUUAAUCUCCUGCAAUGCUGAUUAUAAUAUUAUUCAAUCUUUCUUAUCCUUUCAAAACAGAUUUUUUUAAAUAACGCUCACCCUAAUUCGUUUAGUUUAGAUAUUUGUCAGCCCUCAUAAAUAGAGUGGCAAUAUAAAUAAAUACUGAUAAGAAAUACAUCCUGAGAAGCGCACCAUCUACUGCCAUCUGGGUAAAAGUCUCUUGUCCCUUCUCUUGCAGCAAAAACUGUCUCAGGAACUCUGCAGGCUUGUAGUUGGUUUUGUUUUUCUCAGCUUCAUCAGCCGUCCUCUCUCCAUAGGAGUGGUUACAGGAUGGGGAUCAUGAUUCACAGCUUGUUAAAAAUCCUCAGUUCUACCACAGCAUAAUGAAAAAAAACUGUCUGUGGGUAAUAGUCAGUUAUAUAGUUCUCUGUUACUACUCCUGUUAAAUAACUCUAGUCUACAAUAAAGUACUUUACAUGGCAAA